UUCCUCUUUUGUGACUGGAAGUCACAGGGCCAGGUGAUAAACCGUGCAGUCACAGAGGGAACACAGAGCCUAGUUGUAAAGGGACAGAGAAAAGAGGAGCAAGGGAGGACGGUGGAUGACAGGGAAGACGAGUUGGGGCAGAGCUGCUCGGGACCAUGGCUGAGGCCAUCACCUAUGCAGAUCUGAGGUUUGUGAAGGCACCCCUGAAGAAGAGCAUCUCCAGCCGGUUAGGACAGGACCCAGGGGCUGAUGACGAUGGGGAACUCACCUAUGAGAAUGUUCAAGUGCCCCCAGUCCCAGGGGGACCCUCAAGCUUGGCUUCUUCUGGACUAGGUGACAAAGCAGCGGUCAAGUCGGAGCAGUCAACUGCGUCCUGGAGCGCCGUGACGUCACUAGCCGUCGGGCGGAUUCUCCCCUGCCGCACAGCCUGCCUGCGAUACUUCCUGCUCGGCCUGCUCCUUACCUGCCUGCUGUUAGGAGUAGCCGUCAUCUGCCUGGGAGUGCGCUAUCUGCAGGUGUUUCAGCAGCUCCAGCAGAUGAAUAGGGUUCUGGAAGCCACUAACAGCAGCCUGAGGCAGCAGCUCCACCUGAAGAUAAGGCAGCUGGGACAGAGCGCAGAGGAUCUGCAGGGGUCCAGGAGAGAGCUGGCGCAGAGUCAGGAAGCACUAGAGGUGGAACAGAGGGCUCAUCAGGCGGCGGAAGGGCAGCUACAGGCGGCGGAAGGGCAGCUACAGGCCUGCCAGACAGACAGUGAGAAGACGAAGGAGACCUUGAAAAGUGAGGAGCAACAGAGGAGGGCCUUGGAGCAGAAGCUGAGCAACAUGGAGAACAGACUGAAGCCCUUCUUCAAAUGCCGCUCAUCAGAGACAAGGUCUCACUAUGUUUCCCUGGCUGGUAUCGAACUCCUGGGCUCAAGCGAUCGUCCUGUCUCAGCCUCCCAAAGUGACACCUGCUGUCCGAUGGGAUGGACAAUGCAUCAGAAAAGCUGCUUUUACAUCUCACCUACUUUGAAAACUUGGCAGGAGAGCCAAAAACAUUGUGAAACUCUGUCUUCCAAGCUGGCCACAUUCAGUGAAAUUUAUCAACAAUCACGUUCUUACUUCAUCUCAAAUUCGCUGUUGCCAAAUGGUGAUUCAGGGAAUUCAUACUGGACUGGCCUCAGCUCUAACAAGGAUGGGAAGUUGACUGAUGAUACACAACACACUAGGGUUUAUGUUCAAAGUUCAAAAUGUCCCAAGGUACAAAAAGAUUGGUCAUGGUAUUGGAGAACGGGGACAGAGGCAUGUACAAGUUCUCUUCCCUUCAUCUGUGAGAUGACAGCUUUCAGAUUUCCAGAUUAGGACAGCCCUUUACACUGAACUGACACUCAUGCCAACAAGAAACUGUGCCCCUCCUUCCUAACCUGAGGCCUGCGGGUCCUCAGACCAUGUCCUCCCUGUGUUCCCUCAUUCUGGGCAGUGUCCAGCCACCAGCUGAUCCACACCUGACACUUCCGGCCAGCCUGCUGCCUGCUCCCUCUUCCUGAAACUGGACUGUUCCUGGGAAAAGGGUGAAGCCACCUCUAGAAGGGACUUUGGCCUCCCCGCAAGAACUUCCCAUGGUAGAAUGGGGCGGGGGAGGAGGGCGCACGGGUUGAGUGGAUAGGGGCAGCCCGGAGCCAGCCAGGCAGUUUUAUUGAAAUCUUUUUAAAUAAUUGCACGUGUUAGUCUCAUGUGUCAGCAA